CUGGAUUUCGAAUGCGUAAUUUUAGUUAAGAAUAUAUUUAAAAAAGAAAUAAACGACUCUGCAUAUACUGAACUCGGACCAAGUGAUUUAUCGAUUGACCCAUUUAUUUCAAAGAAAAAUCAGAUGGCGAUGUCGUUUUAUUCAGGAAAAGAUAAGGACGAUGCACCUAAAAUUUGUGUUAAUGGACUGCGUUUAUGCAAGCGAUUUGAUGGUUUUUUAGUAAAUAUAUGCUUUAAGGAUUCAUUUUCAGAUAGCACUGAAUUAAUUUUGUUUCUGGAAAAAGUUGUUGUUGGCGAACUAAUUGCUGUAGUUAGUUUUGAUGAAGCUUCAAACAGAUUAUCAGGUAUGGCAAAACAGAUUUUUUACGAAUUUGGGUCCAGUCUUAUUCAUAAUAUUAAAUUUCGUUCUUCGUGGUAUUUUGUUGGUCAGAAAGGCAUUAAUGGGUUCUCUCCUUUUGAAGAUUUAAUAUUAUCAUCAGGAGUCGAUUGGGCCAAACCAAUUAAUAAAAGAAUGUGUUUUUCCAGUUUCCAUGAAUGGAUUUUCGGAUUUGAAGAUUCAAAAUAUAAUAGCUUCAAUCAGAACACACUACGUCGUCACUUUUGUGCAAAAUACGAUGGUUAUGAAGAUUUUUGUUCCGGUUCAAAGCCCAAUUGUAAAAGGCAAUUUUUUAUAUUUCAAAAAGUCGUAAUUUUGAUUCUUCAUGUCAAGUUAAAAAUUACAGGAUUGAAUAUGAAUAAUAUUCGAUUGUGUCUCGAAAGUGUUUUAGCUCAGAAUGGCAUUAACAUGCAAAAGGUUAUAGUUGCUUAUGAUUCUGCUUAUAAUGAAGUUGGUGAUCUAGCAAAUUUAUUUGGAGGUUAUGCUAUGCCAAUUGAAAAUGCAUCAUCAUAUAAUGGUAAAUAUAAUUAUUUUUAUUUUUAUAGUGAAUAUUUAAUUGUAAUUAAAGAAGAUGUUCUAUUGUUAUCUGAUUUCCUUUCUUUUUUGGCUCGAUUGCUACCGCAGUUCAGUGAUGAUGGUAGUUCAGGUGUCAUCUUAACCUGGAAUAGAAAUGGUUCUUUUUUCUUAUAUCGUUAUUAUAUUAUUCUCAUUUUGCAUUGA